AUGAACGACGGCACCGUCCCCCCAGUCGAGGGGCGCGCUGAAGCAUUUGUGCAGGCGUUCGCGAUGAUCAUAUUCUCCGAAAUCGGUGACAAGACAUUCCUCAUAGCCGCCAUCCUGGCAAUGCGACACCCCCGCAGCGUCGUUUUCGCCGGCGCCUUUGGCUCUCUCGUCGUCAUGUCCAUCCUCUCAGCGGCGCUAGGCCACAUACUACCCAGUCUCAUUCCGAAGCGGUGGACACAGGCCGUGGCGGCGGUGCUUUUUCUCGCCUUUGGCGUGAAGAUGUUCUUGGAGGGCAGGGCGAUGAGUGGCGGGAACGAGGAAAUCCAGGAGGAGAUGCGGGAAGCGGAGGAGGAAAUAGAAGGAGAUGAGGCCGAGCACGAUGGGACGGGGAGGGUCGAGAACGGCGGAAGCGUCAUUCCGCUGGAGGAGAUCGAGGAGGGCGGGCGGGCGGCGAAUGGGCCAGUUUCGAAUUCCCCGCUGCGGCAAACAGUCCAGGGCGUCCGGAAUCUGUGCAGCUACAUCCUGGGUCCGGUGUUCGUCCAAGCGUUCGCGCUGACCUUCCUCGGCGAAUGGGGAGACAGGAGCCAAAUUGCGACCAUUGUACUUGCGGCGGCACAUAACGUUUACCUCGUCACCAUCGGCACCAUUAUUGGCCAUUCAUGUUGUACGGCGCUUGCAGUCGUUGCAGGCCGUUAUGUUGCCACCAAGAUCUCCGCAAAACAUGUCACACUCGGUGGAGCUGCGCUCUUCCUCUGUUUCGGCGUGAUCUACAUCUACUCCGCCUACCAAAUGACGGACGUGGAGAUGCACAUACCUAGCGGUUGA